AUGGCUCUUUCGUUGGCUUCCAGCUUAAUCCGUUGUGGUACUUUUAAUGCGGCUGAUGUUGCUUGUAGCUAUGUGUUCUGGAGUCAGUCUAAUCCACCGGAUAUUGGAAAUACAACUCGAAAUGCGCUAACUAUCGGAAGAAAACUGUCACCGAAAUGGUACAAUGAAUUGUGUGAUGUCGAGAAAGAAGCAGUGUAUCAAGAAGUAUUAAAUAAUGUGAGAUAUUAUAAUGUUGGCAGUUUAAGUAAUGGAUGUCUCAUGCGAAUAUCACCUUUAGCUAUCCAUUCUGUUAAUAUUACGUCCACACAGCGAAUAGAAGAAAUGGUUCGCACAGAUUGUUCACUUACACAUUGUGAAGAGGACGCUGAACAAGCUGUCUUUUCUUACGUUAUUGCAAUACGACAUUUGCUUAAUGGGAAUGGCAAUAAGGAAGCAUUCGAAGCAGCAUUAAAUUCAACUAAAAGCACACGUGUCCGUGAACAUCUGUUGGCAGCUCAAGAAAAGCCUGUACCUGUAAACAUUGGGGAUCAGUUGGUGAAUGGUGAUGGGAAAGCUAUGGGAUACAUUGGAGUGGCUUUGCAGAGUGCUUUUUAUGAACUUCUUCACGGUACAUCGUUUGCGAAGUCGCUAAUUGACGCAAUAUCACGUGGGGGAGAUACCGACACAAAUGCUGCCAUCGUUGGAGCCUUACUUGGUGCACGAUUUGGUAUCGAUGACAUUCCAGAGCAAUGGAUUACCACAGUGAAGGAAAGCAAGCCGCGAGCUAAUUUUAAUACAAUCGAUUAUAAUGUUGAAAGAAUUGUCAAUAAAUUGCUAAUGAUUUGA